AUGGUAGAGGCGAUGCAAUUGCAACUUGCUGUGUCCCAAAACCUGUCUGCUGCCUUGAAGGACGUGCGUUCGCCGCGCUGUCAUGGUUCACCACCUCUGCUCGCAAUGGAAUCUCAACCCCAGAAAUUUGUCGAUGCCUUGACCAUCAAACUCGGAUCCCUUUCAGAAAAGGCUAUUAGCACCAGUGACCUGCAAAGCAACGGAAUCAGGCCGCUCAUGCUGACACAGCUUCACUCCAAGUUACUACGCGAUGAUGAUGUCCGUGAGGGGGAGGAGGAGAAGAAUAAAAUCUUGGCGGACUGGGGCAUUGAUGUGGAUGGUAAAAUACAGAUACCUAGCUCAAAAACCUUGCAAGAUAUUCUUGCACUCGAAUCAAGACCCAAAGGCUGGGAAGAGCUCAACUACGAGCAUGCUAUCUGGCUGCAAAGCAAGAUGGAGAACUCAGCCAACCCCAUUUUUUCUCUUCUGACUUUCGUCAAUUAUUAUGAUGUAGCAUCUGCCAUGUGCAUGAACUUCCAAGACAUUCUCCCACCACGCCUACUUGAACUCUUGUGGCACAUUUCUCUCGACGACGAAUGGAUUCACUGGCCUAACGAACUCCAGGCUCGCCGCAUACUGAAUGAUAUUGUUUAUGAUAAUGCUCUGUUCUCCACAGUGUUGCUCAGGACACUGUCGGACACUAGCCGUCACCACGUGUAG